UUGUGAAGAUGCCCUUGACGCUGCUGCAGGACUUUGCCAACGUGACCUCCGCCAUUCCUGAAGCCAACGGGACCAACGAGACAUCCGGCAGCCCCGAACACCCCGUCAUCAUCCCCAGCGAACUCUUCCUGAUUCUGGGCUUCUUGAGCUUGCUGGAGAACGUGCUGGUGGUGGCGUCCAUUAUCAAGAACCGGAACCUGCACUCGCCCAUGUACUACUUCAUCUGCUGCCUGGCUGUGUCGGACAUGCUGGUGAGCGUCAGCAACCUUGUGGAGACCCUUUUUAUGCGCCUGAUAGAGCACGGGGUGUUGGUCUUGGCGCAAAACACGAUGCGCCACAUGGACAACGUCAUGGACAUGCUGAUUUGCAGCUCCUUCAUGGCCUCGCUGUCCUUCCUGGGGGUCAUCGCCAUUGACCGCUACAUCACCAUCUUCUAUGCCUUGCGGUACCACAGCAUCAUGACCAUCCAGCGGGCCGUCAUCAUCAUCAUUGCCACUUGGGUGGUCAGCAUGAGCGCCAGCACCAUCUUCAUCGCCUACGACGACCACAAAGCCGUGAUCCUCUGCCUCUUGAGCUACUUGCUCUUUAUGCUGGCCCUGAUCAUGGGGCUCUACGGCCACAUGUUCCUGCUAGCUCGCCAGCACGCCCGGGCCAUCUCCCGAAUGCACCGGAAACACACCGCCCCGCAGGUGACGAGCAUGAAGGGGGCCAUCACCCUCACCCUCCUGCUGGGGGUCUUCUUUGUCUGCUGGGGCCCUUUCUUCCUCCACCUGAUUCUCAUUGUCACCUGCCCCAGCCACCCCUUCUGCAGGGGCUACUUCAAGUUCUUUGACCUCAACCUGAUCCUUGUCAUUUGCAAUUCCGUGGUGGACCCCAUCAUUUACGCCUUCCGCAGCCAGGAGCUCAGGAAGACCCUGAAGGAGGUGGCCUUGUGUCGCUGCUGCCAGAGCCUCUCCCAGCCAAAUGCCUCUCCCCUCAAGUGCCUCUUUGCAGGAGGCUUCCCGGAGAAUCGGUCUCCUGACGGUCCUGCCUCUCGAAGGCAGGAAAGAGGCUGUGACUUUAAGGAGGCGUCCCUCAGCCGGCCGGCCGGCAGCCUCCAAGGACAGCGGCUGGGAGGCCAGUCUGACAGCCCAGCCCUCCUCUUUCCCCACAAAGCGGAGAGGGGGCCUGAAAUGCCAGCCAGGAGCAGGAGCAGCUCGACCUUUGGACGCCCCUGGCUGGCAUCAGAGCGGCGCGCGCGGGGCUUGAGGCCCACCAGAGCCGCGGCUGGGACUGAGGAGCAGCGUCUUGGCCGCAGCAGCCCCGCCCCCACCGGGACCUCCUUGCCCAGAGGGCUUUUUGUUCCUUGCAAGGAUGCUGAGAAUCUCUGCCAGAGACGAGUCCACUGGAUGGAUGGAUCGAUCGAGGCCCGGCAGCCGGGCGGGCAGGAAAACCCCCGCGGCGGCCGAAUGAAUCACCACAAGGCCUCUGAGCGUGUGCAGAGGGCCACCAAACAGCUUCAGCCCUGUCGCUCUCAGGCAAGGCCCUCAGUGGUCAGAUCCUGCAGCCGCGGGGGCGGGGCGGGGAUGCUGCGCGGCUCAGGGAGAAGAGAAGAGAAGUCCGAGCUACAAGAGCCGCGCUGGGUCGCCCCCGGCGGGUCCGUUUCGCCCAGCAUCGCUCCGACCGAAGUCCUCGUGCUGGGGAAGGCAGCCCCCCCAUCUCUGUAUUCUCCCCCCUCUUUCCUUCCAAUUGGAGAAAGGAGGGGCGCGGCCUUUGUCUUCCUCGCAGGGUCGCCACAGCCCCAGACAAAGAAGCCCGCCGGACAGGCCGGAGCACAUCGCCCGGCCCCUCCCGCUGGCGGCUCGCCCCACCCUCCAGCUGAGGAGAGGGGAGGGGAGACUGCCGCCGCCUGGCCGAGCCCCUCCGAGGUGGGGUCCCGCUGUGUGCGAGGGGUCAGUCGGCAAGUGCCCAGGCCAGGCUCGCGCCUGCGGAUGCACCAAACAUUUCGACCCAAGGAGCAAAACCAGCCUGAAUGGGCCUGCUCCCCUCCUGCAGCCACGCCUCAGCCCAGAUGCGGGCUGGGAGCGGCAGGGCACAAAGCCCCCCCCCCCCGAGGAGAGCGGGUCGGCCCUGCCCGCUUUCCUGGGGCUGCCGCCGCCCGCGGGGGCGUCUCCUUCGUGGCCUGGAAAUCGCAGCCCCCACCUGGGCUGGGGCGUGGCUGCUGCUCCGGCGGGGGGGCCCCGGAGUCCGCCAGAGCCCCCUCCCCUCCCGUCCCCUGGGGGCGCUGGCCGCCAGGCCGGCCUCGGUCCGGGGGCACUUUCCGCGGCCCGUCGGAGCCUCCACGCCCGCCCCGCCUGCGCGGCCCGUCGGGGCUUGCUUUGUGUCCGGCAGGGGCGCGCCGGUUGGCCGGCCGGCCGGCGGGUCUGCCGGUGCUGGUGCUGAUGCUGCUGCAGGGCUGGUGCAGGAUUCUGCAGCGGCGCCUCCUGAUUGGCGGAGCGGGAGGGGGUGACGUCAGCGGGCCGGCCCGGCCGCAGCGGGAGGCGACCAUAAAACCCGCUGCAGGCAGUCGCCCGCCCGCCUCCUCCGCCCGCUCCGUGCCGCCAACGCCGCCCACCCGUCCGCCCCGCCGUAGCCACCGUCGCCGCCGCCGCAGCAUGAGGGAGAUCGUGCACAUCCAGGCGGGCCAGUGCGGCAACCAGAUCGGAGCCAAGUUCUGGGAAGUGAUCAGUGAUGAACAUGGGAUAGACCCCAGCGGAAACUACGUGGGAGACUCAGAUUUGCAGCUGGAAAGGAUCAGCGUCUAUUACAAUGAAGCCUCCUCUCACAAGUAUGUUCCUCGUGCUAUUCUCGUGGACCUGGAACCCGGCACCAUGGACAGCGUCCGGUCGGGUGCUUUUGGCCAUCUCUUCAGACCUGACAACUUCAUCUUUGGUCAAAGUGGUGCAGGGAACAACUGGGCGAAGGGCCACUAUACGGAGGGUGCUGAGCUGGUGGACUCCGUCCUGGAUGUGGUGCGGAAGGAGUGUGAGAACUGUGACUGUCUUCAGGGCUUCCAGCUCACCCAUUCUUUGGGCGGCGGCACGGGGUCUGGCAUGGGGACCCUCCUCAUUAGCAAAGUCCGCGAAGAGUACCCUGACCGGAUCAUGAACACUUUCAGUGUUGUGCCUUCCCCAAAAGUGUCUGACACUGUGGUGGAGCCCUACAACGCCACGUUGUCCAUUCACCAGCUGGUGGAAAACACAGACGAGACCUACUGCAUUGACAAUGAAGCCCUCUACGACAUCUGCUUCCGGACCCUCAAACUGGCCACGCCCACCUACGGAGAUCUCAACCACCUCGUUUCGGCCACCAUGAGCGGCGUGACCACUUCCCUGCGGUUCCCUGGGCAGCUCAACGCUGACCUCCGCAAGCUGGCCGUCAACAUGGUGCCCUUCCCUCGCCUUCAUUUCUUCAUGCCCGGCUUUGCCCCGCUGACCGCCCGCGGGAGCCAGCAGUACCGAGCCCUCACCGUGCCAGAGCUCACCCAACAGAUGUUCGAUGCCAAGAACAUGAUGGCUGCCUGUGACCCCCGCCAUGGCCGUUACCUGACCGUGGCCACCGUCUUCAGAGGCCGCAUGUCCAUGAAGGAGGUGGACGAGCAGAUGCUGGCCAUCCAGAGCAAGAACAGCAGCUACUUUGUGGAGUGGAUCCCCAACAACGUCAAGGUGGCCGUCUGCGACAUCCCUCCGCGGGGUCUAAAGAUGUCCUCCACUUUCAUCGGCAACAGCACGGCCAUCCAGGAGCUAUUCAAGCGCAUCUCGGAGCAGUUCACGGCCAUGUUCCGGCGCAAGGCCUUCCUCCACUGGUACACAGGCGAGGGCAUGGAUGAGAUGGAAUUCACAGAGGCCGAGAGCAACAUGAAUGACCUGGUUUCAGAGUAUCAACAGUAUCAGGACGCAACGGCUGAAGAGGAAGGCGAGAUGUAUGAGGAUGACGAGGAGGAGUCGGAGGCCCAGGGGGCCAAGUGAGAUUCCUGGGCCAGGGGCUGUGUUCCAGUCCUCCCAGGGAGAGUCUAUGGUCCUUUGUUCAUCGUCCUCCAUUUUUGCUACUCCUUUGCUGAGUUCUAGGCCAUCAGCUGCUAGUUGCUUCUGAUUCAAGGGUUCCAAAGUGGGAGGUUGUUCCGUAUUUAACUGUCUUUGCCCCCCCAUACCCCCCCGUGUCUUAUCAGUUAGUGCAGCUCCCUCUGUUCUUCAUUAUUUUACCAAUGUCAAGGGCCCUGGUCUUUAUUUUUUAUUGGUCUGUGUCUAUUUUUAUGUUUUGGAAUACUUAAUAAAUCUAUUGCUGUCCAGUG